AUGGAACUACCAGAACACCGUAGAGGACGGUACGACCUUGCAGACUUGCAGGGGAGGAGUUUCAUUGAGAACCUGGCGAAGAAGCAGAGGAACAGCAACCAGCUGUCCGAGGAUGCCAUGUCGCAGGUGCUGGUCUGCAACAUCGCGGAGCAGCUCUCCCCGGCGCAGAAGGAGUCCCUGGCGCUGGCGGUGCAGGCCUCCCCGGGGCCGGUGAUCCUCACGGCCGUGGAGGGCCUCUUGGGCAGCAAGGAUGCCGUCAUGAAGAUGUGCCUGGAGAUCCGCAUCAGCCUGGCUGAGAGCACCAUAGCGCGGCAGAUCCAGGACAUAGCCAGGCGCGAGAGCUCGGAGCUAUCUCCAGCGCUCUGCGCGCAAAUCGCCUCCGCUUGCCCCGGGGACCUGCGGAAGGCCAUUGCAGUGGCGCAGCUCCUUGGCGCCUCCAGCGGCGAAGCUCUCCUCCCACAGGCCACGCUGGCUCCGCUACCAGCAUGCGGGCGACUGCUGAGCCAAAGCAGCUUGGACGAAGCCUUGGACCUCCUGGACUUGGAUGCCGAGAUCCGCGGGCUGCUUCGCUGGAACUGCUUGCCGGCCCUGGCACAUGGGAAGCCAGGCAAAGACUCCCAGGAUUCGAAGCCUGUGGCCGCGGUGGCCGACCACAUGGACGUGGAUGUGCAGGAGCCACAAGCAGAAGAGGCAGAGGAGCCAAAGGAAGCGAAAGAGGUAGCUGAAGAAGCUGACCGGCAGAUGCAUGAGAACAAGGGGCCACACGCAGAAGAGGUGGAGGCAGAGUGCCAGAUGCACGAGGAGCCAAAGGAAGCAAAAGAGAGAGCCGAAGACGCUUCAGCGGGCAAGAAAGCGGAGGAGCCACAAGCAGAAGAGGCAGAGGCAGAGUGCCAGAUGCAGGAGGCGCAGGAGGAGCCAAAGGACACGGAAGAGGUCGCUGAAGAAAGUGACCGCCAGCACGAGGAGCUGCAAGCUGAAGAGGCAGAGGCUGACUGCCAGAUGCACGAGGAGCCAAAGCAAGCAGAGGCCGAAGCUGACACGCAUGAGGAGGAGACGCAAGAUGCGAAAGCGGCCGCAGAAGAGGCUGACCACCAGAUGCACGAUGAGGACUGUGAGGUGCAGGCAGUCAUCCCUGGGGCAGGAGCACCGAGUCAGGAGGAGCUCGAGAGGCUUUCCUCAUGUGCCAGGAUUGCGUCCCUCCUGGCGCUCAGCGAUGCCGCUGCUCGAUCCACGGAGCUGGCGGCUGAGCAGGCCGGGGCGAUGGUUGACUGCAGCAGCCCUGCAGAUGAGGAACCGCUUCUGCUGGCCAUCGUCAGCCGGGAGGUUCAGAGCUACAACCGGGUUCAGGGCUACACACGGGCUCAGUUCCAGCCCAGCAAGGCCUUGCCGGACCCGGUGUGCCCCAUCAACACGGAGCAGUUCAAUAUGCUCGCCUCCCAACUUUCCGUGCCCAAGGCUUGGAUCCUGGAUCGGCUCUACGACUGGCUCAUCUACACCCGUUCCAAUGCCUCCAUGCGAACGCUGAAGAACUUCAAGACGUGGCUGAAGCGCCAGGCCACAGGGCACCUCUGA